GCCCACUCGUCUAUUUGAGCGUCGUUGAGCGCGUGCCGCCUGCACUGUACGCGGCUGGCGGGCUCCGUGGGCCCCGCGCUCCUCGCUCUGCGCUCCCUGCGGCGGCCCAGAGCGGGGUGGGUCCGGGGUUUCUCACCUCGCCGGCCUCGCCGGCCCGUGGCUCCUUCUGUCAGCGGCACCACCGCUGAGGGGAACGCAGCUCGGCUCCGCCGGAGUCCGGGCAGCAGCGACUGAAAUCAGUCCCGGAGCUGCCUCGGGUCGGUUCGAGCCAGAACCCAGCUCGGCCCUGCCCAGUGCUGGUGCUGGUGCCGGACCUGCUGCAACCUCUGUUGUUGGUGCUGGGUGGAGGUGGUGGGGAGGCUCCGAUGGCCGACCGCGAGAGAAAUAAAAAGGCCCUGCACGAGCUGCUCCGAAGGCCGGGAAACGAGUGCUGCGCCGACUGCGGUUUGCCAGAUCCUGAUUGGGCGUCAUACACACUCGGGGUGUUCAUCUGCCUGCACUGCUCUGGGAUUCACCGCAACAUGACGGAGGUCAGCCGCGUCAAGUCCCUCCGCCUCGACUUUUGGGAGGAUGAGCAAGUGGAGUUCAUGGCAAACAAGGGGAAUGUCGCGGCAAAGGAGUUGUACGAGCAGCGGAUCCCUCCCUUUUACUACCGCCCCACGGCCGACGACUGCCAGGUCCUCAAGGAGCAGUGGAUCCGUGCCAGAUACGAGCGCCGCGAAUUCAUCGACGUCGAGAAGCAGGAGCCCUACUCCACAGGUUACCGGGAGGGGUACCUGUGGAAGCGCGGACGGGACAGCAGCCAGUUCCUGCGUCGCAAGUUCAUCCUGUCGGAGCGUGAGGGGGUGCUCAAGUACUUCACCAAGAGCGACGCGAAGGAGCCCAAGGACGAGUUGAAAAUUGCCGAGAUCAAUGCAACGUUCCAGCCGGACAAGAUCGGCAACCCCAACGGCCUGCAGGUCACCUACCUGAAGGAUGGCAGCACCCGCAGUCUCUUUGUCUACCACGAAGAGGGCAAGGUGAUCGUGGACUGGUUCAAUGCGAUCCGCGCCGUACGGUACCACUACCUGAAGGUGGCCUACCCAGGCACGGUCGACAAGGAGAUAACGCCACGGCUCACCAGGAACUACGUGAAGGAGGGAUACAUGGAGAAGACGGGGCCCAAGCAAAAGGAGAGUUUCCGGCGACGCUGGUUUACACUGGACGCCGCCGACCGACGCCUCAUGUACUUCAAGGAUCCCCUGGACGCGUUUGCCAAGGGCGAGGUGUUCCUGGGCAAUGGCGACCACGGCUACGCGGUGCUGGAGGGCUUCCCGCCGGGCCUCCAAGGCCAUCACUGGGCGUACGGCAUCACCAUCGUCACGCCCGAGCGCAAGUACGUGCUGGGCUGCCGCACCGAGGACGAGCAGGCGCAGUGGAUCACGCACUUCCACCGCGUCAUCAUGCGCCCCAUGUCGCCGCAGGAGUACUCGGCCGAGGCACACUUUAAGCGCAAGCACUGAGGAUUGCAAAAGACAAUCGGCCAUGCCUGCUCACUCAUGUCUGCCCGGCCAGCCUUAACUGCAACGCUGAACUUUCCACUCUGCCCAUAACCUUUGGUGGAUCCUACCAACCCUGUCAUCGAUCAUAGAGCGGUGCCUUCCACACGAUCCCGGUCAUGGCCCCAGCCUCCACCCCAACCCCACUUCCUAACCUCCAACCAUUCUAAUCAAGAACCCACCUCCUGAAUGUCGAUUGUGCAUGCUGCUGCUGCUGCCAGGGGCCGAGGGGAGAUUUGUCUGGGGCCCGAUCUGACCGUGUAUCCGGUUGCGAUGGUUGCCUCUUGUCCGCAUGUGUGUGUGGUGCUGAGAGGGUGACCUCGCUCAAGAAAAUGGUCUCCGAUUCCUGCUCACUCUGUUUGAAAAGGAUUUCAACUUAAAACAUAAUCUGGUAUCUCGAUAGAAAUGUCAGUUGAUUUCUUUUAUGAUUCCCUGUUCAAAUUAGCACGUUUAUUUUUAAGCCCAUGAUGAACAGCGCUGUGAUGUGAUAUUAUGGGCUCUCUGAUUACAUUAAUUGGCUGCUUUAUUCAUUGGGUGCUGCUGCUGUCCUCACAUAAACCCAAGCUACUGGAUUGGUCAUUUUCCAAAUGACAUGUUAUUUUUAUAAGAGUUUCUUUACUUGAAAUGAAAUAAGUAAAUCAUACCAAGUAAUCAACUGGUACAUUUUAAGUAGCAGAAAUCUGAUUGCCUAUGAAAGUCAGAGGAAUAGUAUGGGAUUCACUGUACCAAUCUCUUACAGUGGCAGCAUGCUGCCUCGAACACGGUACCCCUAGUGUUGUGCUGAGUGUUUUCUGUGACGCUCAUUGGGCCUGUCAGCCUCUCAGCCUGCCACUCUGCCUGUGUCCACCUUCUCCACGCAAAGAGUGCCUUCCUGCCAAUUUUCAAAAUAUAGCCUGAACUCAUGAGUUCAAUCCAGAACAACUCACAACCUCUGAGGAAUUCUGUGCCAAAAGUGGACCCGCCGCGCGGGCCUGAGUGGUGGCCAGGUAAACUCAUUGAUUGAGCACGUGGCCUGUUGUGGAGCCCUUUGGCUCGUGGACAUGGUGGGCAUUAGGUUUGUAGCAACGCAUCGAUUACAUCAAUUGUUAUCGAAUGACGUACAUACAAAUGAAUUACUAUCCACGCAAACGUAGGCUAAUUAAAUACAAUUUUGUUACAUUUUAGGUUAAUGAUGAUUGAACAACGCUGUAUAAAUGAGAUGGCAAAAAAAAUCCCAAUAUAAAUUGUGACCCCCCCCCCCCCCCACAUCAUGAAUUGCUACAUGCGCUUAGCAGUCCUGGGGACGAUGAGAUGCAAAAUUAUCUGAUGGGCGAAGGUUUUUAAGCACCAUUGCCCGAAUGUCCAACCACUAAAGUCAGGAAUGUGCCUGUGGAUUUGAAUCCGAAAGUUUGCAGUCGGCUCCAAAUGAGUUUGAGCUUGCUUCAGAAAAUGCACUCAGUAGGAUUUUAAUAUUUUCUGCCUCGGUCCUUAAACUAAGUUCCUAUUUAAACACAAAUUAGCUAGUACUGUGCCAGUACGCUGUAUACUGAAUGCAAGUAAAGGGAAAUAUGUACAAUUUACUCUAAACUGUUGUUAUAAAAGUAUUUUUUUUUUAAUAUACUGUGUUAUAACUGUAUUACUCAUGUUGAAGUUUACAUUCUUUGAGCAGGAUUUUUUGUGUAAAUGUUCCCAUGUACAAUAACAUUCCUGUGUGUGAAUUGAUUGCAAUGAAUAGUUGUUUUUGAAAAACGUGUUUUUAUAUUUUAUAUUUAUUUGUAUUUCUUUCAGCGUGGCCACGUUUCCGUGGAAACCGCAAGAGCCUCAUAGGCUAGCAGAUUAAACAAGUUCUCUGACAAUAAAAAAAAUCACGCAAAAAAAGUUCCCUAAGCGCUUAAUGGGACCUAUGGUAGGAGGACUCCUGUGAUUGCGAAUCAGGCUAAUCCAGCAGGGUGGAGCCCUUGCUACUUGGUGCAUCGUCUUCCUUUGACUGCCAUUUUUGCGGCCCGACACUUGCCGUUUACCUUGUGCGGUUCUGGCCAUCUCGGUUAGACGAGGAACAAUCUCACAACAGCGGGACGCACCGUGGAUGGACACAGGACAAAGAUACGAAUGGCCAUUUAAAAUCUUCAUUGCAAAGAUCGACAGCAGCUCACUGGCGGUGACUGGGUGGCCGAGCUCUCUGUGCGUUGUUUUGGCUUAUUGCAGAUGAGUUUGAAGAACGCUAGAAAUUGGAUAAGUAACUUGAAAGUUCAAAGCACAACAUGGCAAUAAAGUUAACUUAAAAUGCAAUGAUUCAUAUUUGCUUUUGGGUUCGGCCACAUGGUAGUUUUAUGUCAAAAUGCUUGUCGUUUACCAUCCACCACCCAACAGGAUUGUCACAUUUACAAAGAUAUUAUGUAUACAUGCCAAAAUAUGAUCAAAUUCUGAUGAAUAAAUCACCUUAUUGGUGGCUUGAGAUUUCACGUCUGAAAUUAACAUCAACACUGAAACUAUACGUUCGAUUAUACGUUCAUGUUAAUUUCAGUCAUGAUGAGUCUCAAGCCACUGGUGGAGGAACUUUAUUGGUCACAAUUUAAUCAAUACAUUGGCACAACAAUUCUAACUUUGUAAAAAUUGAAUUCUUGUCAGGUGGUGGAGGGUUGAUGACAAGAACUUUGGCAUGAAACUACUACGUGGCCAAACCUAAAAUGCAUCUUGGCAAGAAAGUAUUGCGGAUGUAAGCAGGAAGGGGAGAAUGUUAUGAUGGGCGGGACAUCGUGUGCAGGGUGGAGGAGGGCAAGUCACCGAAGUGAGCAGUGGAGUGGCCUCCAGAGGUCGGAGAGCCAAGGAAAUACCUGAAGUCAGUCCAGUGUUGAUGGGAACGUAAGAGUAACCUUUGGAGGACAAAUGUUGACGGAGAAAAUUGGGGGAUUGGACGUCAGCUGUCAUGAUCUCUCACUUUAAAUCCCUCCCCAGCCACCCCAGGGAGCUGCCCCUGAAAGAAGGGGCAGGUGGGGACAUAAAGGGGACACUGCCGUUUGCUAGAGGAGAAUGGACCUCCUGCAGAUGCCCCGUUCCAAACGCCGCUGAGCUGCAACUGAAAUUAUGAAAGCAUAGUAACUGUCCCUGCAGGUGAACAGUUUCCCACAUUUCCCUUGUAAGUGAGGCACUCUCUGUGGCCUCUCACGUGCUUAAACAAAUAUGUGUUGUGGGUCACGCAUUGGAUUGCCAAGCCAUUUCCUUAUUUGAGUCCAUGCUCACGUUUUUAGUAAGCCUGGUCUUUUUUUAAUCGAAUAUUUUUUUAAGCGGUUGUAAAUAGAACAUCUAACACGUAGGCUUUCGCGACCAAUAUCAUCCGUAAUACAGGUUUUUAUUUGGGUUAGAUUACAUAAAUAUACGUGUCAUUUAACCCGCCACAGCCAAUUAGUAAGGUUUGUCACGUGAUGAAGCUAGUUGUAAUUACUGGCAAAACGAAGUACUCAGAUUGUAAAUGUUGUGGAUUUGCUCUCCCAACACAUCGGUGUGCUGCACUAGUAACGAAUUGGCAUGUUCUGUUUAUGUGACAAACCGUACUAAUUGGCUGUGUCGGGUGGUGGCGGGUUUAAUGACACAUUUAUAUACUUACGUGGUCUCACCCAAAAAAACCCUGUUAUAGAAGCUCUUCUGUCCAGCACCUCAGGUGUAAUAAGCACACACACACAUUGGUAGAAUGUCGGUGUUUGACUGGGACAGAAUCUGUUUGUCACACGCCCGGAGGGAGGUGGCCUCUUUACUCUAUUGUGUGUUUCAAGGUGAGGGGGGGGGUGAAAGCCAUCUUCGUGACGCAAUCGUUCACGUGCAUCGGUAUAAGUGUUGUUUUCAUUCUCGGUACCAGCUUUGCAGUUGCAAACGUUUGACAUUACGAUUUUGUAACUGUUGUCGUUGUGAAUGCAUAAUUGCAGGAUUUUUUGGGAAAUGUUCCUUGUACCUAUUGCAUUUUUACUGAUGUGUCACUUUUUAAAAACAUAUUCAAGAUCUUGAUAAUGACAUGAAUAAGCCUCGGUGACUGCAUAUAUUUUUGAAGAUUCAAGUCUAUUUUGCAUUCUCUUUUUAAGUUCUACAAACCUUUUAUUUCAUUUUAUAUGGCUUAAAGCCACUCGGAACUUAUGCCUCACCGAACUACGUAAUUUUCAUUUGGUACAUUGUAUAAUAUGUUUAUUACAUUGUAACGUUGAAUUGAUAAACUGCAUGAGACUGCAUAGUCUACAAUGUAGCAUUGAAAUGUUCUAUUGGUAGAAUGUAUAAGCGUUGUUCAAAGACUGACUGAAGUGAAACCAUAUUGACUGCUGUAUAAAUUAAAUUAGGAUAUAGUGCACAAAAACCCCUUAAAACACGUGGAAUUAUUCUGCCUUUCACAGGGAAUCUUUCAGUGUUGUGCAUUUAUAUGUAAUUCGAUUUCGCAUCUUGGAGAGUCCCAAUGAUGGGAGUAGCGGAAUGUUCCGGUCAUGCAAAUUAGUGUCGCUGUCGAUGCAAGGUGUGCAGAGCUCGGAUUCCUAACCAGCCAGUGCAAGCGCGUAGUGUACCUACGCGGCGUAGUGCUCCUACGCGGCGUAGUGUACCUACGCGGCGUCGUGUUCCUACGCGGCGUAGUGCACCUACGCGGCGUAGUGCUCCUACGCGGCGUAGUGUACCUACGCGGCGUCGUGUUCCUACGCGGCGUAGUGCACCUGCGCGGCGUAGUGCUCCUACGCGGCGUAGUGCUCCUACGCGGCGUAGUGUUCCUACGCGGCGUAGCGCACCUACGCGGCGUAGCGCUCCUACGCGGCGUAGGCUUCCUGUUUUGGGCUGUGGUGACAAUUCAAGGCAAUCCACAAACCUUACGGGCAACCAUUGGGCCGCAGCCUCAAGCCUCAUCAGCAUUGCGCGUUAUACUUAAGCCACGCUCGAACCUGCGUGAAGCUGAAGAGACUAAUUCGUAAAUUUAGCAAUUGAGAAGAGCUGGCUGGCUCUGGUGCACAUCAACCUACUCAGAUGCGUGCAGGUGGUUUGGAUAAUUAUUGAACUACCAGGCAGCAUAUAAUACAGGCUGUGAGGCACUGCAAUGAGAGCACUUGCCUUGCAAUCUGAAAGUUGAAAUCCUGGUUAUGGAUCCCAGGUCAAUUAAAUAGGUACUAUGUUGGUAUAUUCCACGGUAGUGUCGUUUCUGACACUAGUUCAGAGCUGCCACUACAGGGAGAGAUUUCUCGGGCAUGUGACGAGGUCUCCUGGGAAAGUGUGAUGAUUGCAAUGCUGUCAUCCGGGGAAGGUAUUGUCUGAAGUCAUUGCUCCCAAUUAUCCAUUGAGAAACACCUGUGUGUAUGUAUGCGUGCGUUACCUGAAAGAGGAAACAUUUGCCCCAAACCACAAGCUACCAGAGCAUUGUUGUUGUCGAGCCGAGUCAAACUGAUACAAUAAUCCACAUUUGCACAGAGACCGUGGUCAUUCGAUGGUCAGGAUUGGCGUUCUGACUGAACCAGAGAUCACAUUUGGCAGGCCUUUUUUUAAUGUUUUACAAAAAUCAAGAGCGUGCAUAUUGAUAAAUUGUCAAAAGAAAAGUGCACGCAUCGUGGGUUGCUGUACCCCCUCUUCAUACAGCUCCAGUUCCCGUGUCCAGCUCAGGCUAUGGCGCUGUCGAUAUGUGAGCCAGGCCGUAUCCACAUUAGCCUUAACGUGUUGCUCUACCCCUAUGUAAAAGGAAACCCAAAAUGUCAACCCACCAAAAACCGUGCCGUCCCCAACCUGCCAGACCACAGUGGGGGGAGGGGGGGGUGAUCUAAUUAAUGCAUGGCGAGUGUAUUUUGUAUCGCUCUUUGGAUUUAUUGUAAAAAACAAUAUGUAACAAAAAGCAAUGGGUAGAGAUAGAGAAUGUGUGUGGUUCAUUGGAAUUUUACCUGACUUUAUUUAUUAAUCGUAACUUUUAUGGAAAGCAAGCCUUGACGUGAAUGUUAAAUGUACAUUUUAAAAACUCGUGUCUUAAAUACAGUGGUGUUUGGCAACUGUGUUUUUGUUUUAGAAUGCAUACAUGUGUGGUUGCUUGAAUAGAACCGUUUAAAAGGCAGCAUCACAAUCUGGAUGUGUUAUUGAACAAUAUUUAUCCAUCAUCACUCUUAUAACUUGAGAACAAGGAAGGGGCCUUACACCAAAUCACCUAAAAUCAUCUUAAUACAAAAUGCAAAUGUGUGUGUUUGAUGGUGAUUGUUACCUGACCUGGAGAGCGGGUGAAGUUCCGGAUUGAUUGGUCGGUUGCGAUCGCUCGCGACAGACAUCUAUUGGUGAACCUGCAUUGCAAUAUACAUUUAUUGUAUCAUAAAUAUAUACUGGUUUGUUGUAAUAUUUGUUUGCACUACCAUCGCCCUCAAACUGCUGACAUGGAAAUAUGAUUGUUAUCAUGUGCCGUUUGAUAUGUUUGAUAUGUCAGCUGUUAACUCAAAACACAAAGUAGUGCGAGGAGAUGGAGGAGGCGCUCUGAGCAUGGCCUCGAAGACGUCGAGACGCAGCGCUGAAGCUGGGGGAUGAGUGCAGCUGUAUGCUGAACCAACUCGCCACUUUAGUGAUACAUACGUACAUGUGACGCCGUGAGUUAACGGACACGAAGAUUAAAAAGGCCACUUCACUGAAAUUUUUAAGUAGUUUCCUGUAGUAGUUGUCUCCAUUCUCAGAUGCGUUGUCAGAACUGCUUCAUUAUGGGCCCUAAGGUGAUUUGGUUAACCAGGUGACAACUCAGAAGACCAGGAAUGUCCCUUUUGACAAGAGUGACUUAGGAGUGACUUAAAGCUAGUGGUGGGAAUUCCACAUUUCCAUAGGGGGAAGCAGUAAUUUUUUUGUAGUAAACGUCGUUGAAUUCCCACAUUGUGGUAGACAUUUAUUUCCCUCACAGGACCAUGUAAAGCGAUAAUCGUAUUCCUAUCACGUUGAUAGUAUGGUUAAUAUAUUUUAAUAUAAAUACCAAUUGCAGAGAUAAAAUCCACAAACACAAAACUCACUGCAGCAACUCAACUGAACCAAGGACAGACGUUCAUGAAAUCGCGGUUCCGCCAUCUCUGUGGCUUUCCCGCGUAUGUGCAGGUUGCAUGGUGAGGGCGGGCACCAGAGGGAAGCGUUCACGAGGUGACCUCGUACGGGGAAGGUCGUGGUGUCGCGUUCCUGUCGGAGGAGUUACAUUGCUAUCGACCAUCGUGGACUGUUUGGAAUGUUGAUUGUGUGUAUUCACAUACACCUUCGUGCAGUAUACAUGUUGUGCAAGUGACUGCUGGUCUUGCCAGAUCCAGUGGCUUCAGCUGCACACCUGAGUUUUUAUUGAUGGAAUUUAUGUUCGUCUACUGCUGGGCCCUGGCCUAAUGGUAUUAAUAACAAUCAGCAAUUUCCUUCAGGCCGUGGAACACUCUGCAAAGAAGGCACUGGUAGACUCAAUUUGAUGCCCAGGCUUAAACGUUUCUGGGACCUAAUGCAUUUCAGACCAUUCAUUCUUGAGGCCAGGCCGAUCAGGUCACGACUCCCUCUCCCACUUCGCAGAGGCCCGGUCAACCCGUGCGUGUGGCCGCGACACAGCCAUGCUGUACACGUGACUCCUUCAAUCGCGGCCGUUUUAACUGCCGUUCUAUCAUUGCGCAUGGAAAUCAGUUCAGGAGCUAAAUGACAACAUCGGGUUCUGCCGAAACAAUCUGCAGUGAUACAACCUGCCCAGGCGAUUUGCGAAGGCGUGGGCAUGAGAGCCAAGUGUAUUCGUUACAAUCGGAACCAGAUGUCCCAACAAGUGAAUCCCAUUGAGCUAAGAAGCUGAAGUCUUAGGCGGCUCGGCUGGCAGACAUCAAAUAAUUCCACAAUUACAGAUAUAAAAAGAACACGUGGUAAUAGCAAUUAUUGUAAAAUUAGAUUGACAAACUUCAGUUGUUUUGAUAGUUUAAAUGACAGAUUUCAGAAUGGACAUGUCAAGAGAUGAAACUAGAUGGUUCUAAAACUUUGGGGCAGCUAUAUUAAAUGCAUUACACUGGGUCAUUUUCAACUUGGUUCACGUGUGUGUAUAUAAUGUUAUAUUAAUGUUCCACUCACGUUGCCCUGCUCUUAUUGUGUUUGAUUUGGUGGCUUAAUGUUCCGUACAGUUAUCGGGUAGACGGAGGGGUGCCUCAGCGGUUAGCUUGUGGCCUUUUAAAACCCCGGCAACCUGAAUUAUAUUCCCGGCAACAGAACCUGCACUGACCAGCGUGGUGAAGUAUGGUCAAGCAAACCCCAUGACCGACACGGUGUAAGGAGGCCUUCAUCCAGCAGUGGAUUGACAGCAUUAUUCUUCAGUGUUUGAGGAUGGCAUGGGCGCUGUAGUAUAUAUACUGUAUGGGUAAAUCUCUGAUCUUAUUUCUUCGGGUGUAUGAUUGUAUCGCUCUUACAGAGCCAGCUGUUAGACUAGCAAAGGUGAUGGUCCUCAUGACCGUCUCGCGUACAUGAGGGCCCAACGGUUGUGUCCCGAUUCGUCAUCGUUUCCAAGGCCGGUCCAGCCAAUCCCUGCUAGGCACAGGAUUGUUAACCUGUGUUGAUGGCCCUGAUUCAGGUGAGAUAUUCCACGUGCUUCAGUCAUGGUACCAUACGUUCCUCAAAUUAAAGCAGAACUGCAUUCUUUGUAUUGACAAAUACGUUUAGGCCAUCAAAAAAAUAAGUUUUGACUUUCUGGGUCUCAUCGGUAGGCUUGCUUGUUAAACAUGCUGCUGUGUUGCCAGAUAUUAUUGGCAACAGGAGUGUAGGCACAUGCAAAACACCAUUUACUUGUUCGUGUUCAUGGGAAGCAGCAUGAUAUUUACACUAUAGAAGUGUUGAAUGUAACUUCUAACAGCAGCUGUGAUUCAAAUCGGUGAAUGCUGAGAACCCAUCAAAACAAAGACAAGCGCAGCCCGGAGACGCAGCAACAGAAUCUGAGAAUCAGAAUAUUUAUAGUGGGGGGGGGGGGGGGGGGAGGGGGGGGAUCUGAUGAGCUAGAAAGCUCUUUAUAUAUGUCCAGAGGAGCAGGUCAAUGUUACAGCAACAACUCGCAUACCGAGUACACUGCGUGUACAACCAGCUCUCGGCCUUACACAGGAAACUAGUUCCUGAAGAACUGCACUGUGGUCAUCUUGUCUGAAGUCACCAUUAUUAAAUUGUACGCAAUACGACCAGUUCCUUAAGAAAUACACAUUGGUAAUUGAGUCCCCAACAACAAUUGACCCGUCAAUAAAUUGCCGGUGCAGUAAUGGUGACGAAAGGUCAAAUGACCAGAAAUGCAGUGAACGACAUUCAUAUCAACUCCGGCGCUCACUCACGCGACUGGGGAACCAGCCAGCGUCCCGGCGCUACUAACAAUUUCCCGAGUUUUGUGGUUCUAUGUAUAUGGUCUAUGAAAGUGUUACUGGCCAAUUCACGAGUGUUUAUGGUUCUUAAGAAAAGAAGAAUAAACGGGUGGUGAUGACA